AUGAAAAGUGACGAGCUCAAGUUCGGAUCUAUUUUUAUAUUCCUUCUUCUUUGUUCUGGAAUCGUUGGUGAGGAUCGUCGAAGGAUUCGUCGGAAAACGGACGGAUCUGUUUACUGCGACUUCGACGAAACGCGAAACAAUCAUAGCGCGUCGGAUUUGUUGGAGUGUAUCGAUGAAUUGGCAAUCGAUCUCGUGGACAAGGAAAGCGCGAGUGGUACGAAUGGAAAUGGUCAACGGAAUGGGUCCACGGGCAGACGAAUCUCUUUCGUCGACGUUUUCUCGAAUAUCUUCGAUAUACCUGCCACGUCGCAUCAGAGCGGCCCUCUUCCAACUCACUCGACUUCCGGCUAUCAGCAAUUGAAUUAUCCGAGCGCUCUUUCCGCGGGAUUUCAACUGAAUUUCCUGGCUGAAGCUCUGUCCACGAUAUCCCGCCACGACGACUACAAGUGCGUGGCAAGGAUACUGUGCGAGAUGGCGAGCGGAAAACUUCCUGGACGAUCGUUAGGCAAACGGGGAUCCGGUUUCCUCGAGUUCCUCGGCCGAAUCUUCUUCACAGAUUGGCUGGCGAAAAUCGACGUCGGUGGUACGUCUCCAUUGUUGAACUUUGGAAGAGCCAUGAUCCUUGGAUACAGCAAUCGAGGAAGUUCUGAACCGUGUUACCAAGCGUUCCCAAAGUGCCCGAGGGAUAUGAACGGGUUGGUUCAUUACUUGAAUAAUUACAACGGAGGAUUCUUCAGGCUUUUCAAUAGGAUUCGUGGUGGAAAAUACAGGGAGUCGAAUGGAAUCGCCGGUCAGAGAGUCGACGAUUACUCGAAGAUGGACGUAAAGGGGAGAAUAGUAGGAGGAAACUCGAGGAAGUACAUUCCCAUUGAAAGCGCGGAAGAACCGAUAAUCCGGGAUACGGUUCAGUUUCCAGCUACGAGUUACCAAGAAUACUUGAAAAAGAAGGGAAUUCCGGGAUACGAUAAAAUGAGUAGCGAGGUGAUAUUUCCGAACGAAAGAGAUCCAUCGUCGAACGUGGAGCCGUCGAACAGCGUGGAAAACGACGGGGCGAAAUCUGAAUUGAACGGAAUUUGGCGGAAAGAUAAGCUCGCAUUCUUUCCCGAGGGAAAUCGCGACAGAGGAUUGUCCCGGUUCCGAUUCCCCUCCGACUUUCCACUCGCAUCGUCGUAA